UCUUCGCCGACCCCCCCCUUUCCCACCCCCUUCACACAACUCAUGAAGAGAAAGACGCGGAGUGUGACCGUGUGGAGCCAGCGCUCCGGCCGCGCUCCUCAUGAAGCGCAGGGGAAUUUUCCAGCUGGUAAUUUCUGCUGCGUCAACACCCAGCUCAAGGGAGUGGAGAGGAGACAAGGGGGCAUUUUAACAGCAGCUCCACUUCGUGAAAUAGCAAGCCUUUCCAUUCUGGUUUGAUAAUUUUAUUUGAAAAGCAAACAAAAACCACCCCACAGCGUUUAAAAAUAAGCAUCUGUGCAAGUUGGACCCAAGAGCUUGUCAAGAGAGAGUGGCUCAAAACUGCUUGGAAGAAAGGGAUGAGACCUGUGUGGAAGCAGUAGCACAAAUAUUUCUAAAUGAAUAAUCGAAAGGAAGACAUGGAAAUUGCCUCCCAUUAUCGUCACCUGCUUCAAGAACUCAAUGAACAAAGACAGCAUGGCAUCCUCUGUGAUGUUUGCAUUAUAGUAGAGGGAAAGAUUUUCAAGGCUCACAAAAACAUUUUACUUGGGAGCAGUCGCUACUUCAAGACACUGUACUGCCAGGUGCAGAAGACUUCUGACCAGGCAACGGUCACUCAUUUAGAUAUUGUAACAGCCCAGGGGUUUAAAGCAAUCAUUGACUUCAUGUACUCUGCGCACCUUGCAUUGACCAGCAGGAAUGUUAUUGAGGUGAUGUCAGCUGCUAGCUAUCUCCAGAUGACUGAUAUUGUUCAAGCUUGUCACAAUUUCAUAAAGGCUGCUCUUGACAUAAGCAUUAAGUCUGAUGCAUCAGAUGAUUUUAUUGAUUAUGAACUUGGAGCAACCUCCAGCAGUAGUACAGAUGCUUUGAUUUCAGCAGUGGUAGCUGGUAGGAGCAUAUCUCCCUGGCUGGCUCGGCGGACAAGUCCUGCAAACUCCUCUGGUGAUUCAGCCAUUGCUAGUUGUCAUGAAGGAGGAAGCACAUAUGGAAAAGAGGAUCAAGAACAAAAAAUGGAUAGCCAUGAUGACGUUUCAUCCCAAUCUCUGUGGUCUAGUGAUAUGGGGUAUGGAUCCUUGCGUAUCAAAGAGGAACAGAGCUCUCCAUCUCAUUAUGGAGGAAAUGAGUUGCAGUCUGCCAAAGAUAGUACAAUGCAGAAUACUUUUUCAGAACAAGGCGCUGCAGAUGGAUGGCAGCCUACUGGGCGCAGAAAGAACAGAAAAAACAAAGAUACUGUGCGCCAUAUUACACAGCAACUGGGAGAUGACAGCAGAACAAGCUCUCCAGUACCUCCUUUUCUAUCUGCCCCAGGGUGGCCAUACAGUAGUCGUGAAGCAAGUGUGGAUCUGACAGGGGCAGAAUCCAGCAACUCUGACAGCCGAAUAGAGAGAGUGGACCUUUAUGCAAAUGUCGAGGAAGCACUCCUAGGAGGUGAAGCUGGUUAUCUCUCUCAGCCUCUUACUCCAGAGAAGGAAGAUGCACUCCAGGCUGUAGCAGUUGCUAAUCUGCGGGCAGCCCUUAUGAGCAAGAACAGCUUGUUGUCCCUGAAAGCUGACAUGCUGGGAGAGGAAAGUUCUCUGCUCUUCGAAUACUUGCCCAAAGGCACACAUUCACUGUCUUGGUCUGGCACCAACUUGAAUCGUUCAAGGGGUGAAUGUGAUGGCAAAGUGGAAACAUCAACUCCUCCUCCUCUGCCUUCAUCACACCUUGCCACUCAGAGCCCCACUACCAUCAUCCCCUCUUCUGGUGAAAUAUCACCAGAUACUGUGAAAAGAGCGAUGCCUUCAACUCAGGUCACCUAUGAUGGAUUUCUAACACUGUGGCAGUUAGAUAGCUCUGAAACAGAUAUAAAUGUGUCACAAUCUGAAGAUGUGGACUUAGUCCACGAGGGUUUGUUCUUGGAUUCUUCUGGCCACAAGAAGCUGAGCUGUGCUUUCUGCAGAAGAUUUUUUGAAUGUGUGGAAAAGCUGAAGGAACACAUUAAGGAACACACUUUCCCCAUGAUUGUCCCUUUUGAUGUAGUGGACUACUCCAGGCCAAUACUGGCUAGCCUUUCUGAGCACAUAUCUCCAGGGCAAUUUGCCCGUUUCCAGUGUCCAAAGUGUCCUGCUAGCUUCACACUAAAAUCCAACAUGGAUCGUCAUGAAAAAACAAUCCACUUCAACAGGAAGAAGAUGCAAUGCCCUCGCUGCCUGAAAUUGUUCCGAGACAAGACAGACUUAAACCGGCAUCUUAUGUCUGUGCACUCCAGCGAACGUUCGUUUAUGUGUCUUUUUUGUGGCAAGGGCUUUGGUACCCAGAAAAACCUCAGUACUCAUUUAAAAGUUUGCUAUCUGGGUUCUACACCGCCAGUAGCUGAAGGGUUUCUGAAUCGUAUUGAUCAAAAUCAGGAAUCUGAUGAUGAGUAAGAAAACUGUUGGGCAAUGGAGAGAGUGAGACUAAACUCUUAGAAGUGUAUUUCUUAGCUACUUGACUGGGUAGUGCAUUCUGCUUUGUCAGCAGUCGCAGUGCUUGGUACAGUGUGAAUGCUGAAUCAAUGGCCAGGUAAUGAAAUAAAGUUGUAAACCUCUUCCCCAGGUUCUAUGGUCAGGAUUCAGAGAGACAUAAAUAUAGGAGAUGCUUCAGACUUCAAGAACAAAUAUAAUUUUGUUAUUCAGCAAUAAUAAUCUUAAGAGAAA